UUCUUUAAAGAAGGGUGUGUCUCUCCCAGGAACAGUCUGUUUGCUGACCACUUCUCCUCGGCUCUCCGACCACCCCGGGCUGAGCGUUUGACGGCCAGAGGUGCUGCAGUCUGCGGUCAGUUGAGGUGGAGGAGCUGCUGGAGUCCAGGAGUCUCCUCUGUGUGCCUCUGGGACGCCCUGUGGACCUGCACUGGACUGAGGCUGGGACGUUGAGUUGAAUCCACGAUGGGGGACCUGAUUUCCAGCCACCUGGAUGAAUCCAAGCGGGAACUGAUCUCAGCUCGCACUGGAAAUGUGAUGGGAGAGUUUGGCUGUUUGUACGAGCAGCAGUAUGCAGUGGCUCUCUUUAACAAAGUCCGCUAUGAUAUUGAAGGAGUAGGUGGCCCACAACCUCAGCUGCUUCACCGCAAGAUUCCCCUGGAGAACAAGUCCAUCUUCUCUGGCUCACUCAGUCAGUACCUGGAGGAGAACAAGAAAUGGAGAAACCACUUCUUCUUCAUCUCAGAUUCCUACAACAUUGACUACUAUGACAGCAAAGCGUCCCAUGACAGACGCCACAAUCCCAAAGGAACCAUCAACUGUGCAGGCUACAAAGUACUCACAUCUAUGGAGCAAUAUUUGGAUCUGAUAAGCAACAGCCUGCCUGGUGUGAAAGCAAAAGUGGGAAGUUCACCCUUCCUAAAAUGUGCCACCCAGUUUCCUCUGAUCCUGUGGCACCCUUAUGCCCGCCACUAUUGCUUCUGUGUGUUGACUGAGAAAGAGCAGCAGAAAUGGCAUGCGGUCCUCCAGGACUGCGUCAGACACGCCAACAAUGGUUUGUCAGAGGAAAAUAGAGUCCAGACGCCAGCCUUCACUGAUGCAGUACGAAUCUACCGCCAAACUAAAGGGCACUACGGCACAUGGGAGAUGAUGUGUGGUGUUCCAUCUCAGAUCCUGUCUAACUUGGUGAUGGAGGACCUCCUCCCUGAGCUGAAGGAGCUCAUCUCCCCCCGCCUCAAAGGCAAACUGCCUGAGAGGCAGAGGAACUGGAUGCUGAUCAGUGAUGCAGUGUACAGCUUGGUACAGAGGCAGUGCCAGGACCAGUAUGAGGCGGUGUUGCAGAAAUGUGAGGCAGCCCACUCCUCUCUAGAAGCCUCCAUACGAACAGACAUGGACCAGAUCAUCACCUCCAAGGAGCACGUCACCAACAAGAUCAGAGAGGUGGUUCUUCCUAAGGCUGAGAAGCUGCUGAAGGUGAGUAUCCAGCCUUACAUCAGCUCCAUCCUGGAAGCCCUGAUGGAACCAACGAGUAGAGGCUUCUUUGAGGUCCGGGAUGUUUUCUCCAGAGAGCUGUUGGACAUGAGCAAAAACACUCUGAACGAGGGCACAAAGGAGACUGUGGCACAGCACAUGGAGAAGAUCUUCAUGCUGGCCUUCCAUCCGGUGAAGAUGCAGAGCUGCUAUGAGAAGGUGGAGAGGCUGAGUCUGGAGGGUCUGCAGCAGAGGUUUGAUGUCUCCAGCCCCUCAGUGUUCGUCCACAGGGCCCAGAUUCUCAUGAGAGAGCAAAUGGACAAUCUAGUGUAUACGUUUGAGCAGAUCUUUCACCAGAGUCUGGAGUCUCAGGGUACUGAGGAUCUCUGCAAGACCAUUCAGCGCUGCCAGGACAGAGUCAUUAAGAAAUUUGACUAUGACAGCAGCACAGUGAGGAAGCGUUUUUUCCGUGAGGCUCUCCUGCAGAUCUUCAUCCCCUACAUGCUGAAGCAGCUCAGCCCUGCCUGUGCCUCUGAGCUGCCGCGCUUCCAAGAGCUUAUCUUUGAGGACUUUUCUCGCUUCAUCCUGGUGGAGAACAUCUUUGAGGAGGUGGUACUGCACUCUGUCAUGAAGGACAUCAUGAUGGCUGUGAAAGAGGCUGCCGUCCAGAGGAAACACAACCUGUAUCGGGACAGCAUUUGCCUCAGCAACAGCGACCCCAACCUGCACUUACUGGGAGAAAACCCUUCUGUCGACUGGACCGCAAAGUAUGCAAAAACCCAGGAGGACAAUGAUGGAGCUGGAGAAGACGUUGAAGAGGACAGCGAUGCCAAAUGCGGGGAGUCUCAGAAAAGGAGGGUAAAGCAGGUGGUGUCCAUGAUCCAGGAUGAGGACUCAGUGGUGCUGCCUAGUGAGUCAUGCUUGGAGGUGUCCAGUGUUAAGGACCUGCCAGAGGAGGAUAAAGAUGAGGAGGAUGAGGAUGAGGAUGAGGAGAAUGUGGAUAAAAUGGCUUCCUCAGAGCCGAAUGAACCUGCAGUUUCCACAGUGUCAGAAAAGGCUUCAGAUCUGAGCAACGGUGCUGUCUUAAAGGAAGAGGACGGUAAACCAGAGGAGCCCCAGAUAGAAGGCAUCCUGCUGAAGAAUGAAUCAGCUGCUGAAGGUGGUUUAGCUGUAAAAGAGGAGGAUGAGGGAGCAGACAGCCAGCUGGUGGAGGAGGAGCAGCCCUCCUUUAACCAGGAGUCACAGGAGGCGUUGCCACCUCCUCCUAAGGAAAUGCCAUCUGGAACUACAGAGGCUGCUUCUGUCAGCCCUCCAGAGGCGACAUCUGACUCUCCUCCAUGUCCACAUGAUGACAGUCAUAACCAGUUUCCCACUGAAGUGGAGGAUAAGGAGGAGGAGGUCUCUAGCACAGCUGACCUACAACCCACAUAGGAGCACCUGAGGGGGAAGGAGGCAAAUGUAGCCACAAAACCUGUGACUCUGAGACCAGAGAGGACAUCAUUUCCAUUUUUCUGACCUAAUCUGAACCCAGCUUCCUUUUGUUUUUGUUUUUUUAAACAUUAAAAGACAUUUGUAGCAUUUUGACCACAGCAGUAAAUCACUCAGCAGAAGCGCUCAUUCGCAGUCCUCCUUGUAGUUUUCACAACUCUGCAUGUGACAAAAACUUCAGCUUGAGUCAACACAAUCCCCACACCUAGUUUCUCUUCACCUGGUGGAGGAAAUACGAGCACAGCGGAGGGCCUUGAGUUUGUAAGGGUGUGUUAUAACCUGUGACAUGUUGUAAGAACAGCAUAGUUGGGGUGCCUUUGGUGAAAUACGUGUUGAUUUAGCUCCCAAAACUGUCUUGAUUAGCUAGUAGGUGACCUGCAGUGAGUAGAUUCUUUUCUGACUGUAUUUUAUAUAAAAAGCAGUUGGUGUUAUUUGGAACUUAAUAAGGUUCUCACACUUGGUUCAUCUCAAACCAAGCGUGAGAACCAAAACUCCAGCUUCUUAUUGGACCUAAUUAACCAAUAGAAAAUGUCUUUCAGAAUGCAGAAACAUUGUUUUUUUCCUUGUCAGACUUGCAUGUAAUUAAUUGUCUUAAUGAACACAGACAUCUCAAGACUUGACUAUUUUUUUGUGUUAUUGGGGAUUACAUUAUUUUCUAUGACUUUAUUCCAUAACAAAGAAAGCGUGUGUAUAUUCUAUAUAAAUGCAUGUAUGGACCAGUGAACUGCCAAACUGUCACUUUGCAUCAUUUUAUAUCAUUUUGUCAGUGCCUUAGCUGAUCUCUUUCACCUCGUGUUUAUUUAUUUGGCACCCUUCUAUUCUGUGAUUGAUAUUCUUUUAGAUUAUUUUACUCUUGUGUGAUGUAAAUGACUAUUAUUGAUAAUAAAUCAUUAUUGAUUACAUAAA